ACGCAAUGGCAAUUCCUCUUUCUCCGGUCGUUCGUGAACAUUUUGCGAGAAAACUUUUCGCCGCAUUUAAAAACGUUAAAGACGAAGCAUGCGAACGGCAUAAACACUGGAUUUAAGUAACUAUUGAAUGUCAUCGACCAAAGAUCUGGCAACGCCGUAGUCGCUCUCCCUCUCCCACCGUCUUCGGCCUUUUUGAGCACAUGUGCCACCGAUUGUUGCUCGCAACGGAUAUUUUUGUGCCUCCCGUUUGUUUAUGUGUGCAACGAAGUGAGAGAACUGCAUAUUUUGCAGGGCUAGCGAGUGAUGAACAACCAGCGAUAUGGCGGCAUCCAGUGGAUACAGCACCACGUUUCCGCGGGCGACUCCUCCGAGGUGGACAUCCUGGAGUCGGAUGGUGGAGCAGGGGCCUCGGGUGAGGAUCUGGACCAUGUGGCGGCCGAGAAUCUUAUAUUCAUGGCCCGCGACGGUCAGCUAAGUGAGAUAAUGGCUGCCAACGAAGCUGGUAGAACGGUCCUGGUCACCGCCGACGGCACCACGGUGGCCUAUGCGGAAUCCUUCGACGAUGACGCCCAGGUGGUCACCGAGGAGGUAAUCACAGACGACUGGGUGCAGCACCAAGGCGCCGAGCGAGUGGAGAUUGCUGCCGAGCAGAUAGCUGGGAUUAGCAGCUCACAGGAACUGCUGGACAUGGAGCAGGAUGAGUACACUGCGCUGAGGCCCUAUCCCUGCGACUUUUGCAGUCGGCGCUUUCGCAAGAAGGCCACCUUGAAUAACCAUAUGCUGGCCCACCAAAAUGAUCGACCGCACCUCUGCAAGCUGUGUGGAGCGCGAUUCUCACGACGAGCAGAGCUCAUUAGUCACUUCAAGGCCCACGCAGAGGCCCAGGAUGCCGCCGAUGCCGAGGCAGCAGCGGCGGCAGCCGAUUCGUCUUCUGCCAUUAAAUUCGAGCAUCAGACGCAGCGGCAACUGGACGAUCACUACUACGAGCAGGAAUGGCCACUCUUCCAACAUCAACAGGAGCAGGAAAACGCGCAACAGAAUGUCCAUCAACAGCAUCAGAUUGUGGAAGAGGGCGGGAUUCAGCUGGUGGCCAGUUACCCAGACACGGUAGCUCAACCAGCAGCUCCGUCGCGAGGCAGAAUCAGUCGGUUGAAGCCCAAGGAAGAAAGCAGCCAGUUCAUUGUGAUUUCCGACAAGUCGGUGGAGGACUCUAGGCCAUACAUGGAGCCUGAGCCGGCUCAGCCUGUGGUUACCACGUCGGAGUUUAUUGCUGUCGAACCGCCUCCUCAGCCAAACUUUCCGGUGCUGGAUCACAGCAAACCUUUUGUGUGUCAGCAAUGCGGAUUGGCCUUUGCGCGGGAAAAGGCACUAGUUUCACACACCAAGAAUCACCGCGUGGACUCACCGUUCGAAUGCAACCAGUGUCAGGAGAUGUUCUGGGACAACAGCAGCUUGCAGGAGCACCAGAAGACUCAUCAGUUCGAGGAGAGCAACUCGGAGUACGAUCCUGCCUCAGCGGAGGAGAGCGGCAGUGAAUCGGAGGCAGACGAGCAGUUGUAUGGCGAAUUCUAUUGCAACGAAUGUGGGAUCUCUUUUCAUCGCCAGGAUCUACUGCGACGUCAUGCCAAGAUGCACUGUAAGCCAUCGGAUCAGGCAGCUGUUGGUAGCAAUUCCGAUGUCACUGCUGGCGGAGACGUGGAGCUUGCCAAAGAUUCUUCUGGUCACUGUUGCAACACUUGCGGAAAGUCCUUUCCUAGCGCUUUAGAGAUGCUCGCCCAUGCAGAAAUCCAUGCUAGGUUCCCGCCCUUCAAGUGCGUCCUAUGCGGCAUUAGCUUUUACGAGGAGCAGGCGAUUAAGCGUCACCUGCACACUCGCCAUCCCAGUGAAUUGAAUGCCAAUUCCUGCGUUCUGUGCGGCAAAGAGUGCCGCGAUCGCAAGGCUCUGAUAAAGCACGCCUGGGACCAUUCGCGCGAGAAGUGCCAUUCGUGCUCCAAGUGCGGAAAGAACUUCCACAACAAAGCGCGUCUAAAGCGGCACAUGGCUUCGCAUCGGGACAAGUCGGUUGUAUGCGAGGUGUGCCAGGAAGAAUUCCCCGACGGUCGUACGCUCUCCAACCAUCGACACUCGCACAGCACUACUACGCCUGGCAAGCUUUUUCCGUGCCUCGAAUGCGGCAAGACAUUUGGUUCGCGCAGUUCCCAGCAGAUUCACGUACGGAUCCACACCGGUGAGCGGCCAUAUGGCUGCCGCUACUGCUGGAAGGCUUUCGCGGAUGGUGGUACUCUGCGGAAGCACGAGAGAAUCCACACCGGCGAGAAGCCAUAUGCCUGCUCCGUCUGCCCACGCGCCUUUAACCAACGGGUAGUGCUGCGGGAACACAUUCGCUCCCAUCAUUCUGGGCUGGAUGUAGCGCGGAACACCUAUCACUGCACAGUCUGUUCCGAAGACCUGGCAUCGUCCAAUGACCUUAUUCAGCACCUGAUCCAACACAGUGAUUCAAACACAGCUAAGCAGCGACAGCCCGUUACGGGACCGCGCAAGUACAAGCGUCGCCGUAAGCUACAGCCUCACGAGAUCGCUCACAUGCGGGCGGCGAACAAGCAUGUCAACGGUGAUGAGGAAGAGGCCAUAGGAGAAGGCGAUGCAGAGGAGUGUGCCAGUGACAUCGAUUUCUGCGACUUUGAUGUGGAGAACGUGGACGAUAUCUUCGACAUGGCCGAAUCACCCAAAAAAGAAAAGCGAAAGAGGGGCUCGGCAGCCACAAAAGCUGAUGCCAAACCCGUGACCAAUGGGAAAGCGGCAAAACCUGCCCAAGAUAAGGGCAAAGCUAAGCCAAGAUAUGAUUCCACCAGCAGUCAGCAAUCGGAUCGCCUUUGGGAGGAAAAGUUCCUGCACGACAGUCAAGUGGCUCUGUUUCAGAUCGAUUCGCUGGUAGUGGUCAACGACACUCAUUUGCAGCCUGCUAGCUCCGCUGUGUCUGCUAACAUACCCAACACAAGAGGUGGAUCGAAGCAGCAGGGAAAAGUUCAGGCGAAGUCUGUAGAAGGAGCCGAAAAUUUGAAUAGCUCAGCUACCACAUCUGACACUACAUUCUCCGCCUCCACCUCCACUGCCAGCACUCGGAGCCGCAAGAGGGCAGCAACCACUAAAACAGCCAGCAAAGCACCUCCUGCCAGUAAUUCGCGACCUCGAAUGAUUCACACAGAGAAAGCCAAGGUGACAAAAGGAGUUGGCGGAGACUCCACUAGUAGUUCGGCAAAGAAAACGCGCUCGAAGACCUAUAUAAGUCGCACGGAGUCGCACAAUCUGAGCCUCGACAAAUCCCGCAGCAGUGCCUCAAAUAUGGUGGAUGACUAUGAAAUCAUUUCUCCAGCUACUCAUCCGCCAAAUCAGAUCAGCUCCAGUCCCUUGCACAUCAAACAGGAGCAGGAACAACAACAGCGUGUUCAACUUAUGUACGAUGAUAACCUACUGAUAGAUGCUGCUCUGCUCAGGGAGAAGACUUAUGAGAAGUUUAAUCCGAGCAUUGUUAAUGAUCUGGAGGAGAUCCUCCGCUCUCCACUGAAGCACGAGAGAAAUUCUCGUCUUCGCUUUACCAGCGAGUCAUCCACCACGCCACAAUAUUUGCACGAAGAGGAGCAAAACCUUAUAAAAAUUGAACCAACUUCUCCGGAUCUGCGGGAAAUGUUGGAGGGUCAGCAAAGAGUCAUCGCUCAUAGCGGCAGCACUCCUUCGUCCUCUUCAUCUGCUAGAACUUCCAGACAUCUGCGACAAAUCACUGCCAAUGGUGCACGGGCAGGCAGCAAGAGAACAACAGGUGGCGUAGCCAGCAAGACGUCGGCAUCCCCGGGAGUGGUGGCCAAAAAAUCGAACACUGCCACCAAGGUGAGCAGCAGCAGCUCAUCCUCGUACCUCUCGUACGGGGUGGAUUCCUACAAUGUAAACGUACCUGCCAGUGCCAACAACGGCGAUGUGGGCAGCGGAUUCUUUUCCAUCUCGGAGGUCGUUUCCGCAGCUGACGCCGCGGAUGCGGCUGCUAAAGCGGCGGCAGCUGGUAAAUCGGAGCGGAAAACUCGCAGUUUCGAGUGCGAAAUGUGCUCGGCCAUCUUUUAUGAUCGCACCCAGCUGCUGGAACAUGUGCACAUUCACAUUUAAAUGGAAGCUACCUAAACCACUCGCCCGGAGCCUUGUAUUUUUGAAACAUCUUAUCCUUAUAUACAAACAAAAUCGGAGUAAAUUACCUCAAGGUAUCGUGCAUCGAAAAAUAUCGUUGAUUUAUGCGUUAUUUAAAAUAUGGAACCUAAACCUAUUAUAGAGAGAAUAGUUCGUAAGGCUUUUAAGUUUGUACCUCAGCUUUUGUUUUGAAGAAUUGGUAUGCUGGAAUAAAUACAUCAUUAAAUGGUUUUUCAUUACCUU